CGUUGCGUGCACGCGGUCGAUCACCUCCAUUUUUUCCCUACAUGCCUCUGCCUACUGAUCUUUGAACCUGGUCCACCUUAUAGUCCCGACCCAUCACUCAGAACCGCAUCAGAAGGGUCUGCAGCUCCAGAAGAAACUUAAUUAGACCGCGCGACGUGAAGGACGAGGACGAACCCGCUUUGUGCUCGGACUGUGCCAUGGAUCAGAUUCCGGACUGCAUGCAGACUGCUCGGACAUCAUGACUUCUCUGUGUUGACUGAACUGUUUUCAGAGGAGCACAAACAGCAGAUUCAUUUACUGAAGGGAAAAACUUUUAAGACCAAACAUGUUGAACUUAAGAUGUUUCAUCGCGUGCGUUUUGCUUCUUAUUUCCAAGUCCCAGAGUAUACGCGUGAUCGGCGCAGAGCGACAAACAUUUCUGGACAAUAUUUUGCGCUAUUAUGGUGAGAAUAAGUCCAUCUCCACGGAGGAUCUGGAUGAUUUUCUGCUGUUGAUAUCAGCCAGAAGACCCGAGUCAAUAACAGACAACAAUCCGCUGGCAAACCAGGAGUGUCUCUCAGCAGGCCAGAUUCUGUCCCAGUUUGGUCUCAGUAAUGUCAGCCAGCUGUCUGUGAAACAUCUGGAGGAGAUCUGCCCCGCCGUGUUGACCCAGGUGCUGCUGCCCUCCUGCCCCUACACCGUCCCCGAGCCUCUGUCCUCUCUCGACUACACUGUGUGGGGUUAUGGAUUUCUGGCGGUCACUGUGAUCAACUUGGCGUCGCUGCUCGGCCUCCUGCUGAUCCCCUUCACUAAGAAGUCUUACUUCCCCAAAGUGCUGACCUAUUUCAUCGGCCUGGCCAUCGGGACACUCUUCUCCAACGCUGUCCUGCAGCUCAUACCAGAGGCCCUGGGUUUUGAUCCUAAAUCGGAUAACUAUGUGGAGAAUGCAGUUGGAAUAUUUGGAGGGUUUUACCUCCUGUUCUUCAUGGAGAAGAUACUGAAAAUGUUCCUCGGGGUUGACCAUGAGCACGGCCACAGCCACUUCACUCCCGCAGAGCCUCUGGAAAACUCCCUUCACAACGGGGACAUCGUGGAGAAACAGGAUGCCAUCAUUUUGACCAACGUCAACACCAUCGCCACAGACAAGAGCAGCCCGACUCCAGAACCUCCACACGGAAGGACAUCACCUUCUCAGGACGUCCAGGCGUCUGGUGUGAUGUGCCACUGGCUGCGUGGGCGACGCAUCUCCAGCAUCAAGACAGUGGCGUGGAUGAUAACUCUGAGCGAUGCGCUGCACAACUUCAUCGACGGGCUAGCUAUCGGCGCCUCGUUCACUGUGUCGGUACUGACGGGGUUCAGCACGUCCACUGCCAUUAUCUGCGAGGAGUUUCCCCAUGAGCUGGGGGACUUUGUUAUCCUGCUCAGUGCUGGAAUGAGCGUCCCGCAAGCCAUUUUCUUCAACCUGCUGUCCGCAGUGUCGUGUUACGUUGGUCUUGUGCUUGGUAUCCUGGUCGGGAGCAACUUUGCCCCCAAUGCAAUCUUUGCGAUCGCAGGAGGAAUGUUCCUGUACAUCGCGCUGGCGGACAUGUUUCCAGAGAUGGACAGUAUAGCACGGGAACAGAAGCGGACUUCCGAAAAGAUCAUCUUCUUCCUGAUCCAGAACACUGGGCUGCUGACUGGGUUCACCAUCAUACUGCUGAUCACCUUGUUUGCGGGGCAGAUCAACCUGGGCGGGUGAUGGAGGAGCGCAACCUGGAGGGAAAUAUUAAUAAAUCAGCUGCUUCCAUUUCUGCUCACAGCAGGAAAGUGAAUGUAAAUGAAUGUUUUGUACAAACAAAACCAAAUGUUUAAAGGAAAAUAAUGCUAUUUAGGAUGUUUUGACUAUCAAUUUAGUGAAACAUUUACUCCAUAUAAAAAGGGAAAAUCUUUGCAAUCAUUUAAUGUAUGAACUGUAGUGUAAUUUGUUUUACGGAGACAAUAAAUUAUUUUUUCAGUCUUCA